ACCCCUAGUAAAGAGCCUAAAGUUUCAGUCGCUGUUGAUGUCAGCCAGUUGUGCUGGUGUCUAUUAAAAGUCUAACUGAAUUUAAGAAUGACUUCUAACGCGUUCCUCUGAAUGGCACCUGAAGCGGUUUAAGUCGUCGAUAAUGAGGACAGACUCACCACUGAGCGUUUUUCCAUCCGUCAUGAGACUCAUGACUGUCGUUCAGUUUGGGACUGUAGUAGGACUUUAGUUUUUCCAAAAGAAAAUGAACCGCUGUUUGUGUUUCAUCUUCAUUAAUUCCUGUCUGCUUUUGUCAUCGGACAGGAGAGCUGUCCAGGCUCAUUCAGCUGAAGGAGAGACUUCAGUGACUAGAUCAAACAUGUCCAACUAUUCAACUUUACUGCCCAAAGCUGAACAUAUCACCCCAACUGAGCCAUCUGUGAACACAUCUACAGGUGUUCCUCCAAGUAUCCCAACAGCAGGUCCUCGGUUCCAUGCAGGUAGUUUCAUUGGCGGUAUGAUGCUUGCCUUUAUUAUCAUACUGGUCGUCACUCUGGGCUACAAGUUGGCCUGCUCACAACGGGAAGUGCACUACAGAGCCAUUGAGGAACAUGAUGCCAUCAUUUAAAAUGGAGCCGCUGAGGAAAUACAGGCUAAAACACAAGCUAGUCAUAAUCUGAAGAGAACAUUUUCAUCAUAAUAUGGUUAAUAUGAAUACGAGACGGUCUGGUUUGAUACAUUUUAUAUUGUAAUCUUAAAUAGCUUAUUCCCUAGCAGUUUUUACAUUUUAAGUAGUGAAUACUUGAACAAUGUAAUUUCUUUUGUGUGUGUGUGUGUGUCUGUAUCUACACCAGUGUAGUCCAAGUUGUACUACAGGACAUUUUAAUGAUUUUGUACUUAAACUAGACUAAACAAC